GGGAGGAGGUGGCGAGAGCGGCUUCGUGCGGACGAGGCGGGCGACCUGGCCGGGGGCCGGACUGGGCCGAGCGGAGCAGGGGCGGCCGGGAAGUGCGGGAGGCGGGGACGGCCGCCGGGCUGUGGAGAGCGGGACGGAGCUCGGCGACCGCAGUCAUCCCGGUGCGUCGGGCAGCGGAGCGGGAACAUGGCGAGCGUAGGAAACGGCACGGAGGAGAGUGGCGGCGGCGAAGAGGAGAAUUUUGAAGAUGCCUUUGAAAACAUCCCCGUGGCAACCAAGAUGGAUCUCAAGUGUGCGCUGGAAGAGUGUUCAAUGGCACUGAACUUAUUUCUAAACAAUAAGUUCUCUGAAGCCCUGGAACUGCUUCGUCCAUGGUCUAAAGAUAGUAUGUACCAUGCCCUUGGAUACAGCACUAUUUUAGUUAUGCAAGCUGCUAUGACCUUUGAACAGCAGGAUAUACAAAUGGGAAUUUCUACAAUGAAGGAAGCUUUGCAAACCUGUCAAAGAUUUAGGAAGAGAAACACAGUGGUGGAAUCGUUGUCCAAUCUAGUGUCUAAACAGUCAGUGGAUCAGUUUAGUGAAGAGGAAAUGCAUGCUGAAAUCUGCUAUGCUGAGUGCUUACUACAAAAAGCAGCUCUGACCUUUGUACAGGAUGAAAAUAUGAUCAACUUCAUCAAAGGUGGCCUCAAAAUUAGGACAAGUUAUCAAAUAUACAAAGAAUGUCAUCAGGUGCUACAGAUGACUCAGGGGAACAAAAGCAAAAAUGAAACCUACUACCAGUUUGAAGGAGGAGUAAAACUUGGAAUUGGAGCAUUCAAUUUGAUGCUGUCACUUUUACCAGGAAGAAUCCUUCGACUUUUGGAAUUCAUUGGAUUUUCUGGCAAUAGGGAGUUGGGCCUCUGUCAACUAUGGGAAGGCGCAUCUGGCAGCAGUUUGAGGGCCAUUCUGUGUACUUUCACCCUGUUGGUUUAUCAUACUUACGUCUCCUUAAUCCUUGGUACAGGGGAAGCCAACCUUCAGGAAGCAGACAGCCUCCUCGAACCCUAUCUCCAGAAGUUUCCCAAUGGUUCCAUUAUUCUAUUUUAUGCUGCCAGAAUAGAUAUACUGAAAGGAAAUUUUGAAACGGCGCAGUUGAGGUUCCAGGAAUGCAUAGCUGCCCAACAAGAGUGGAAACAGAUUCAUCAUCUCUGUUACUGGGAGCUCAUGUGGUGCUACACCUUCCAGCAAAACUGGCUUCAAGCAUAUCGGUAUGCAGACCUGCUCAGCAAAGAGAGCAGGUGGUCUAAGGCAAUAUAUGUGUUCCAGAAGGCAGCCAUUUUAUGUAUGCUUUCUGAGGAUGACUUGAAAAGGACUGGUGAGGACAUUGUAUCUUUAUUCAGACAAGUCGAUGGUCUGAAACAGAGAAUUGCUGGAAAGUCUAUCCCAACUGAGAAGUUUGCAGUAAGGAAAGCUCGACGCUAUGCAAGUUCUCAACCAGUGAAGCUGAUAUUACCUGCCUUGGAAAUGAUGUAUGUCUGGAAUGGCUUUGCAAUUGUGGGCAAAAGAACAGACCUCACUGAAAACUUACUGGUAACAAUUGAAAAUGAAGAAACCACUCUAGAAAAUGAAACUAAUCACAAUGAAUAUUACAUGGAUGAUGCAUGUAUGUUGCAGUUACUAAAGGGCCUCUGCCUGAAACAUUUGGGAAGACUCAUGCAAGCCGAACUCUGUUUCAAUAAAGUAAUUCAAAGUGAGAAGCUAAUAAAAUAUGAUAGUUAUUUGGUGCCGUUCACCUUGUAUGAACUGGGCCUUCUGCACAAAGAACAGGAUGAGAGAGAAAAAGCAAUAAGAUACAUAGAAGCAGCAAAAAACAACUACAAAGAAUACUCUAUGGAGUCCAGGUUGCACUUCAGAAUCCACGCAGCACUUGACAGUUUGAAGGUGUCACCUGCUUCAACACCUUGAAUGAGGAGGGGUGCAUUUCAUGCAUACAGUGCAUACAGUAGCCUACACAAUCUUUUUGCAAUCUUUUUUUAAUCCUGGAAAAGAAACAACAUAGUGAUUGUUUUCUUUCAUCUCUGAUUUGAUGCAUGUCAUUCCUUUAGACUAUUCUUUUUCUGUGUAGCGCAUAUACUAUAUCUACUUGAUACUUUAAAGAAGACCUUAUAUUUUGUUUGAUAAAGAUAAUUUAAUAUUUGACUUGAAUGGGGGAUAUUUAAAACAAAAGUUGAUGGUGCAAUAAAGUUUAAUGCGAACACUUUAUUUUUUUAUAUGAAAACAGAUGAUGGUUUUAGCAGUGGAACUAGUGAUAAUUCCUACUUUUUUGCAAGGUUCAGUUUUCUGCAGUACACUUGAAACCUCUUUUGCCCCUGGAACAAAAGUGCAAUGUCUGCAGAUAACCUUACCCAUGUUUGGCAUACCAUGUCCUGAAAUUUGUGUUUCAGAGCAAACAAUUCAUGUUUAAUUUCAUGUUGGGAACAAUAUUUUUUUAUACUGUCAGAUAAGGAGGGCUACAGAUACAAAGUCUUUGCAGGUCCCAUUCACUCAAGUGGUUACGGGGGAUACUUUUCAGUCAUGGAAAAGCAGGACUACUAGAGAAAGUCAAGAAAGCAUAUAUUCUGUAUUCUUGCCCUAUAGCAGAAUCAGCAGUCCUGUGUUCCUGAUAGACUUGUUUAACCUGUCUGUUUUGGUUUUUUUUAAAAAACCAGAAACCCACCUUGCACUGAGGGAGACUGUAACUUUCACAAGAUGUUUUUCCUGGUGGGAAAAGACUGGGAAUACUUUUGCUGAUGUCUACCCAAAAUAAUUCUUGACAUAACUGAUUGUUUCCCAUCUUCCCUGUCAUAAUUCUGGACAAAGGAUUGUGUUUUCAUUUUUUGAACCAUUCUUUUAAUAUUUGAAGACUAACACCAUUGUUGGUAUUCUCUGGUCUUGAAUUCCAACUAAAAUUUUUAAAAUUGCACAAUUUUAUUUACUUUCCUAAUAAUUGGAAUAACUUUUAUUAAUGCAAGUUGAUUGUGCAUAAAAAAGUGAAUCUUCUUUUAAACGUGGAAAUGUUAAGAAAACAUGCAUAUUAUAAUUACUACUUUCUAACAAAAACGUGUUGUAAAAUUGAAAUACCUUUAUGACUGUAUGCAUUUUUCUUUUCAGGCUAGCAUGUGAAGAGCAGUAUCAAAUUGAGUUUGCCAGUUCAUUAUAUAUGCAGAUUCUUCUAGCUGUUUGUUCUUAAAAAUGACAAUAUACUUGAUUUUAUUUAAGUAUACACCCAGUAACUGUUCUUUCAUUAAUUAUUGCAAAACUUGUCAGUUUCCAGAUUUUAAUUAGUGCCAGUGUAUUUACUUCUGCGUGGUAAAUUAAUAGUAACUAUGCUCCUGUAUGUGAUUCUCUGACCAUAACACCCACUGAAGAAAAAAAACCCAAAAAUAAAACAAAAGAAAUAAGUGAACAAUGCAUCUUCAGUAAAUGAGUAACUGAAAGUUUCUAAUUAAACAGUCAGUAUAAUCUAAGUGCUAUAGUUACUGUUCUUAGAUGACAGAGAACACAGCUUUCUUCUGCAACUGCAACCGAGUCAUUUAAUUGCAUAUAAAUCUGUAACACAGUGGCAUACUUACAGGUGAAAUAAGGAUUUUAAAAUAUUAGCUAAAUAAACAUAGUAGGCCUUUCAAAGUGGAAACCUGAUCAAAAGUCUUCUGUCUUUACUGGUUUGGAUUUGUGCCUAUUGCAAAUGCGUAAAUGCAUUAUUGUAUAACAUUAGAUUACAAUAAUUUCACACAUGUAGGUGUGAAAUUUAGAUACCUGAGACAGUGAAUCAACUGAAAAUGCAGCAUGCUUGUUUUAAAAUGUGUUCUAUUGCCUGUAGCUAAAGUACAGAAGAUAAUUCUGUCUCUGUCAACAGAAAAUAGCAUAUGCAACCAACUGACUUCUCUAUUUACUUGUCCUUUUAUACAUAACUUGACCACUUAUACAUAUAUAUAUAUAUAUAAGCAGUAGGCAGCAAAAAUAAAAUUAUGUUUAUCAUCUUUUCAGACAAUGCUUUUAAUACCUCUUUGGGUAUUUAUUUUCAUGUUUAGUUUAGGGUUAUUUUGGUUUAAUCUGAUUAUUGGAUUAUAGCAAUCAAAUAGAACCACUUAAUUUUCUGAUGAAAGGUGGUGAAAACAAUUGCCAGUAAAACUUCUGUAACUUGCGUUUCAAAUAGUAUUUCACACUACAUAAGAAUUAGAACUGGAACUACAGACUCAGAGUGGAGCAUGAAGUAGUCUCUGGUCUCUUGUUCUUGUGCAGUGUUUUAACAGAUAGUAUUUUAUGGAUUAUUUGGGAUAGAAAUAAAAAGUAAACAAUGAACUUCCUUAGAAGGUGAUUUUCUGAAAGUUUAGUACGAAGUAUCGUGUAGCAGUCUGUGGAUAACAAUGCUGACUGUAGGCAUAGUAAAAGAGAACUUUGUUUUCUUCAGUUCAGCCUUCCAAUGCCAAUGUUAACACUCUGUACUUGUUACACUUUGUCUGCUUUAGGAUGAGCCUUUUUGCACUCAGGCAGGGAACAGGCAUAUGAUCACAGACUUAAAAUACUCUGCAGUGUUUUGGUGCCCUGAAGUCACCAGCAUAUGCACACAUAUUUACAGCUUCUCUCAUUUUCUUCUAAACUUGUUUGUUAGAAAGUCUGAUUGAUGAAGAUUCUUAGCUUUCUUCUGGAUUUUUUUUUUUCUCCCAACUUGAUAACAGUGGAAAUAUAAAUGUGUGAGGAUUAUUUGUAAUCAUGCACUUAAGUCAGGUCUCAGUAGAGCUGCAGAGAAGGUUUAUCUUCCAGAUGCUGCAGAAGAAGCACAUUCCUCCAUGACACAAUGUGUCACUGAUGCAGUAUUUAGUACAUGAUGUCUAUGUUGAGUGAUCUGUGGGUAAGAGUUCGAACAAGAACUAUGGCUUUUUUUUUUUUUUAACUGCUAUGUGCUGUACUGGGCCUUACUUAGAACUCUAGUCUUAAUGCUCUUUAGAGUCUUGACCUCACUUGCUCAUGUCCCAUAGGAAUUUUGAAUAAUGGACUGAAACUGAGCAAAACUGAGUAUUUACCUAUGAUGCUAUAACCUCCUUUGGUAAUAGUAGAAAUUAUAAUGUAUACAAGACCAAAGCUAAGUCUUUAGUUUAAGCAAGCAAGGAUAAACUUAUAUAGUUGUGUUAUGCAAAAGGUGAUUAUGAUCUUUCUGACAAGAGACUUUUCUUUUUUAGGACGAGGAAUAAUGGAGUAGCCUAGCUACAGGACAAAGCUUCAGUUUCAUUUAGUAUUGUCUAUGUAGGAAAUACUAUAAAAAAUUCUGUCCUGUUCAUAUAAUUCAAAUGUUUAGUGUGGUGAAAAAUAAUAUUAUAGCUUUUAAGUCCUAGCACACCACUUGAUAGCGAAAAUUGAAAGAAAAUACAUGUUAAAAGAGAGCUGAUUGAAGAUUGAUUUAUAUCGGCUCUAAUACACAUGCCUAGCAGCUGUAUUUAGCAUGUUAUGGCCAGGAAAAUGUACCAUAAUCAGAUGCUGUUAUAUUUCUAAAACACCUUGCCAACUAAUGUAUAAAAAGUGAUUUCUUAUAACAAAUCCAACUUGGACUUUGCAAUUAUUUUAUUACUAAUCUUAUGUUUAAUAUCCUUUGGUUUCUGUGUGUUCUUAUACAGCAUAGUUCAACAAAGAACAUUUAUAUUUGCACUGAUGAUGUGGUUUAUUCGCCUCUAAACUGUUGAGGUUUGCAUGUGCUCAUAUCUGGUACUUAAGUAGAACCAAGGUCAGAAUAAUGGAGGGUGAAGGAUGAUGAAACACGUUGUGGUUUUAAGAGCAUGUAGAAGUGCCUGUUGUGAUGCAUUGGAAUGGAUUCUCACUUCAGAGGAAUAAAUCACAUUUUGUACUUGUGCCAUUAAGUGCUGAAUUUGACACUGUAUUCUAGUUGUGCGUAAAGAACCUUCAGCUGAAAUUUAUCAAAACAAUAUCCACUGAAAAGGCCUGAUCUCAAGUUUAAACACACCAUGCUGGGCAUAUUCCUCUCUUUAUAUAAUUAUCUAGGCUGAGGUGUUGCGAGAAGCUAUCAAGGCCUAAGGAGAGAAUAAUGGGUCUCCUGAAAUUAAGACAGCAAAUACAUAAGAAGCUAAUUUAGUCUUUAUGUCUCACUAGAGAUCAAGGAGUACCUUUAAAUGGUAUAAAAUACACAGGAGAUUAAUAAUCAACUAAUUCUGUUAUCAGUUAUGUCACUAAAUUCAG